AUGAUGUGUGGGGACUCAGAGAUGGGAGGCUGUGAAGAGUGGGGUCUCGGAGAGGAGCCCCCGCCCCCCGCAGCCCCCGCCCUGGCUGCGCCCCCGCCUCGGGCUCUGGGAGGUGGGGGUCCCGGGGAAGUAGAAGAAGAGACAGCACCAGCCAUGUCACCCCUCAACACUUUAGGGUUGAUAGACCGGGGACCCACGAUGCUGAGCUGCAGUCGCUCCUGUUCCUGUAGCCAUGGCACCAACGUGGAGGAAAGCAAGUGGUACGGGGUCCGCUCCUAUCUGCACCUCUUCUAUGAAGACUGUGCAGGCACUGCUCUCAGUGAUGACCCUGAAGGACCCCCGGUCCUGUGCCCCCGCCAACCCUGGCCCUCACUGUGCUGGAAGAUCUGCCUGUCCUCAGGUACCCUGCUUCUUCUGUUGGGGGUGGCAGCCCUCACCACCGGCUAUGCGGUGCCCCCCAAGCUGGAGACCGUUAGUGAUGGUAAGUUUCCGUCAUUGGAUGAUCAAGCAGCCGACUAUAACCGAGCCCUGAGCACCUGCCGCCUGGCAGGCAUAGCACUGUGUGGGGCAGCCGGGAUCCUGCUGGCCAUCUGCCUUGUCUGGGCCAUGACGGGCUGGCUGAGCCCAGACAUCAAGGCAGAGCCCUUGGACACUGAAGCUGACAGCCAUGUGGAGGUCUUCAGGGAUGAGCCGGAGCAGCUGUCCCCCAUCUUCCGUGAUGCCAGCGGUCAGUCAUGGUUCUCGACAUCCACUAGCCCCUUUGGGCCGUCUUCUGUGCAGACCAUCCAGCCAAAGCGGGACUCUUGA